UCUUCUCCAAUGCAAGCUGACGAAGAUGACGAAGGAAGAAGUGGAGUUUGUAUCUGAGGGUCCCGUCAGACCGGUAUUGGAAUGUAUUAAUCUAAGUAGUGAUAGUGAGGAUGAGGGAUGUUCUUCGAGCACGCUUGAAGAUAAAAUCACCAGCCAUAAAGCGCGCGUUACGUCUACACUGGACAGACUAGCACAGCAGGUGGCUUUAGAGAAACAGGAAAGAGCAAAUAAAUGUAGAGCAUUCAAGGAGAAGCAAAUCUUACAAAAAGCUCAUGGACAGCAGGAGCUGGCUUUUAGUUCGACAAAUGGAAUGAAUCAGGAGGCAAAACGCUGCGUUGACAUGUGGUUAAAGAUGCCAGGUGUUCAACCUGGAAGGAUCAGUACGGGUUUCGGAAGGAGACACAGACCUGCUCCAUUCCCCAGAAAUAGUUCAACCAUACACACUUGUCCAGUGAUCAACUGUGGUCGAGUUUAUGACAAUGUUCCCCUCCUUGAAGGACACUUAAAAAGGUUUGAUCACUCCCCUUGCGACCCAACCAUCAAUCUUAAAGGAUGUCCAUCUGAGCUCUUUGGCUGUGCUGCCUGUGGUCAACAUUUUGAGACUAAAGAAGCGUGGAGGAAACAUCUUGAGUCGAAGGUGUCCUCAUCUAGUGCCGAUCAUCACAGCCUAACUCAGACCUAUCAGCGGAUUGUGUGUUUUGCCUGUCCUUCCUGCUACGUCUUCUUCAACCUGCGAGAUGAGUGCCUUCAGCACAUGUCAGCCAAAAACCACUUCACAGAUUCACUUCCCAUGAAUGAAACCAGAGGAAGAGCACUGCCAGUUCCCAUCCCACAAUAUGUUAAGAAUCGUCUCAUCAUUUUGUGCAAGGAUGCAGCGUUCACUGUCCGAUGCUCUAUAUGUCACAAAGUACUGAUUUCACACCAGGCAGCCCAAGCUCACUUUAAUGUACAUUGCAGACAAGGCUGUGCGGUGGCCAAGGCUGAUAAAACAGUAGUGCAGGUAAUGAAACAGCUGCAAGUGCGAGGGCAGUGCUCCCUCUGCUGUCUAAUGUUCCACAGCCAAGCUGAAAUUGAGAGACACAGAGAAUCGACCCAGCACGACGUGGAGAUCAACCAAACGAUGGAUAAAGCGGUCCUUCAGUACUGCAGGUUCAGUGAAAUUCAACACACACAGAGGGCUGGAGGGGCACAGGGGAAAAGCCAGUCCACCGGCCUUGAAACGCCUUCUCAAAAGAGAAACAAGAAGAGGGCCAAUUGUGAAGAAUCGUCGACCAAACGGCAGAGACUCAGCCAGGGUGUGAACGGCAGCACUGGCAGGAACACGGCUGCAGUGUGGUGCUGUGAGUGUGGUUUACAGUUCUCAGAGGAGGCUGCUGCCAGUAAGCAUCUCUUGGCAGUGAACCAGAUUUUCCAUCAGUGUGGAGUGUGUGGCAAACACAUGGGAGAGUCCUCAAUUACCCGCCUGCAUAUGAGUCGCUUUCACGGGGGAGCUCAUCUCUCCAACUUCCUGUUCUACUGCCGCAAGUGCAAAGUGGAAAUGCCUCGGUACGAAGACAUCCUGUCGCACGUGUCAGAAGAUCACAGUGGGCACACCUACUUCACCGAACAAGAAUUGCCCGAGGAGCUCGCCGCGGCCAUUGACGCCAAACCGUCCACCAGCACCCUACAUUCAUCCUCCACAAAGUCGGUAAUCCAACAGGACACAGUAGAGACAUCUUCUUUAAUAGCAGAGCAGACAUGGAUGUGCAGGAUGUGCGAGGACGUCUUUGACUCGGAGGCGGACGUCCGGAAACACUGCAGUGACGUGAGCAGUCACAGCUUUCAGAGGUUCAUCUGCGGACACUGCCCUCAGAAGUUCUUCAAAGAGUCCACCGUCCGUAGACAUUGUAUGAACGAGCACGGUGGGGAGAUAAAGAGCUCCCACUUCUGCGGCCUCUGUGACAGCAUGCAGUUUGAAUCUGAGGGCGAGUUCUUGGAGCACUACAAGAAUCUUCACAGUAAGGACUACUACUGCAUGGACGGUGGUGACGUCGUUCAACCCACGGCUGUGGAGAGCACCAGUGAGCUCACAUGCCCAUGCAUGGGCUCAGAAAAGAGAAAAGAUGAAAGGAGAGCUACGUACACACAAUGCAUGAGGAAUCUGGCAGAUGAAGGAAAGUGUGUGUAUGUGUGUGCUCCUUGCGACGUAUCUGUGCCUUCCUACGCACAGAUGAAGACUCACGUCCACACUAAACACACAGCUUUGAACCUGGACAAGACCUUUGACGUAGAAUGCAAAUCUUGCCAGGAGAGUUUUUCUGGCGUACCAAGUUUCCAUAAACACUACCACUCCCGACACUGUACACUGGAGCCUUGCAUGAGCUCCAGGACCUGCAGUAAGGACAGGGAAGCAGAGCCCCCCCCUGUAAAGAUAGUCAAUGCUGUGGAGAUCAAACCCAACACCAAUGAGAUUGAAGAUGAAACGCUGGUGAAGUUUUUGGAAAUGGAUCAGACAGGCAAAGAAAGCGAAGCACUUGAAAAUGAAUCUGACGAGGAGAUGUCUGUGAGCACAGAAGAGGCAAGAGAGUCAGCAGAGUUGGAAGAAGCUCUCAAAAGAAGUCUUCUGGAGUUUUAAGGAUGUGAUGAGAUUUGUUUUCUUGUGACACAAUGAUCAGACAUUAUAUCGAGAUGUUUUGUAUCAGAUAUGUCUGUUCAGAUUAUGUUAAAUAAAUGUUAGUUGCUGUUUCA